GUUUUUACUUUGAACAGCCAUAUUGCCAGCUUGCAGCGUCAUUCUAACGUUAAACGUUUUUGAAUCGUUUUUUGAAGGUAAGUAAAGUAUAUAUAGUAGAAGUAUAAGAAUUAUGCAGUCAGAUCCCUUUUAAUUCACUUUGUUGCUAUAAGAUCAUAAGUUUUGAAAAAAACAUCAGAAUACCAUUUAAUUUCGUAGAUUUAUAAGUGAUAUUCGGAUUAAAUUGAUUUCAGUCGAUAAAUCUAAAGGAGAAACAUGGCCGAUAACGAAAAUGAAUUAUUAGAUUAUGAGGAAGUUGUAGAGGAAAACGGAGCCGAUGCCGAAGCUUCAACAAACAACCAAGACAAAAAGGAUGUCAAGGGAACGUACGUAUCUAUCCACAGUAGUGGUUUCAGGGACUUUUUGCUUAAGCCGGAACUUCUGAGAGCUAUCGUUGACUGUGGUUUCGAACAUCCUUCUGAAGUUCAACACGAGUGCAUUCCGCAAGGAAUUUUGGGGAUGGACGUUCUGUGCCAAGCUAAAUCGGGUAUGGGUAAAACAGCCGUGUUUGUUCUUACAACACUUCAACAAUUAGAACCUAAGGAUGGACAAGUUUCCGUUCUUGUUCUCUGUCACACAAGAGAGUUGGCAUUCCAAAUCAGUAAAGAAUACGAACGUUUUAGCAAGUAUAUGAACAGCAUUCGUAUAGCUGUAUUCUUCGGAGGAAUGUCGGUGAAGAAGGAUGAAGAGAACUUGGCAAAGAAUACCCCGCACAUUGUUGUUGGAACUCCUGGACGUAUUUUGGCAUUGGCUCGAAGUGGAUCUCUUAACUUGAAGAACAUUAAGCAUUUUAUUCUUGAUGAAUGCGACAAGAUGCUCGAAGCCUUAGACAUGAGACGUGAUGUUCAAGAAAUAUUUCGUACAACACCUCACCAAAAACAAGUUAUGAUGUUCUCUGCAACAUUGUCCAAGGAUGUCCGACCUGUUUGCAAGAAAUUUAUGCAAGAUCCCUUGGAAAUCUACGUUGAUAACGACUCCAAGUUGACCCUGCACGGACUUCGUCAACAUUACGUAAAGCUUCAAGAUAAAGAGAAAAAUCGUAAACUCUUCGAGCUUUUGGAUGUCUUGGAAUUUAACCAAGUUAUCAUCUUUGUAAAAUCGGUUCAACGCUGCAUGGCACUAGCUCAACUCUUGGUCGAGCAAAAUUUUCCGGCGAUUGCAAUUCACCGUCAGAUGACCCAAGAAGAACGCUUGUCUCGUUAUCAGCAGUUUAAAGAUUUUCAUAAGAGAAUUCUGGUCGCGACAAACUUGUUUGGCAGAGGUAUGGAUAUUGAGCGCGUCAACAUUGUUUUCAAUUAUGAUAUGCCAGAGGACUCUGACACAUACUUGCACAGAGUGGCUAGAGCUGGAAGAUUUGGAACAAAAGGUUUGGCUAUAACCUUUGUGAGUGAUGAAACAGAUGCGAAAGUUUUGAACGAUGUUCAAGAACGAUUUGAUGUAAACAUCACAGAAUUGCCUGAGGAGAUUGAUAUCUCCACUUAUAUCGAGGGUCGAUGA